AUGGCACCUAGUAUCAAUAUUGUCGUCAUUGGAGGCUCCUUUGCCGGCCUUCAUAUCGCCCACUCCGUCCUCCGCGAUGUGCCGGACGCGAAAGUGACCCUGGUCAACCCCUCGCACACCUUCUACUGGAACAUCGCCGCCCCCCGCAUCGUCGCAAAGCCGACUGCAUUCCGCCCCGAUCAAUACUUGCUUCCGAUCAAAGAUGCCUUUGCAGGCUACCGCUCCGACGCUUUCGAGUUCGUGCUCGGCGCUGCCACCGCUAUCGAGACCGCUGCCAAAACCGUCACCGUGAAGCCCAACGCGGGCGAGCCCAAGACCCUGUCAUACGACUACCUCGUCAUCGCGUCGGGCAGCACUACCUCUGCCACGGACGGCUCGCUCACCGGUACCCCGAUCCCCUUCAAGCAGUCCAACCAUGAUGAUAUGGAGAGCUUGAUCCAGGCCGCGCAGGAGCACAUCGCGGGCGCGAAGCAGAUUGUCAUUGGUGGCGCAGGACCCAUCGGCGUCGAGUUGGCGGGUGAGCUGGCCGAGGCCGUGGAACAAAGUGGUAAUGCGGGCAAAGUCUCGAUUACGAUCGUGUCGGGCACCGAGCGGGUGCUGCCGAUGCUCAAGUCUUCGGCCAGCUCGGCUGCCCGGAAGAUGCUGGAGCACAAGAAGGUCAAGGUCUUGACCUCGAAGCGCGUCGCCGGUGUCGAGACCCCGGCUGACGAUAGCACCAGCUGGACGGUCAACCUGGAAGGAGGGGACAAGCUCGAGGCGGAUCUCUAUAUCCCUACCACUGGUGUGACCCCCAACAACACCUUCAUCCCGGCCCAGCUGCUGGACCGGGACGGCUGGGUGACUGUGAGCAAAGAGAUGCGCGUGCAAUCCUCCGACGGCACCAAGCUGCCUAUCUUCGCUGCGGGAGAUAUCACCAACAACUCCAUGCGUCUCAGCUUCAAGGCCGUCGAGCAGGCGGCAGUGGCCGCUGCCAACCUGAAGGCUGAUAUUGUGGGUGGGGCUUCUAUCAAGACUUACGAGCAGGGUGACAGCAUUAUGAUGGUGGUCCCCGUCGGUGAAUCUGGCGGUACUGGCCAGGUCUUUGGCAUUGUUCCCUUCAGCUUCAUGGUCAAGAUGAUCAAGGGCAAGCACUACUUCCUUGACAAGGCACCGGGAGCUGUCGCCGGUAAGGCAUAG